AUGAGCGCGCUUUUAGAGACCUCCCUGGGCGAUAUCGUAAUUGACCUGUUGGUCGAUGAUGCACCCAAGGCGUGUGACAACUUCCUGAAGCUAUGCAAGCUCAAGUACUACAAUUUCUCGCCCAUCCACAGUGUCCAAAAGAAUUUUACCUUCCAGACCGGCGACCCUCUCGGCCCUGACGCACCCGAAAGUGAUGGAGGAUCCUCAGUAUGGGGUCUGCUUGACGGACCGUCAAAACGCACAUUUCCACUCCAGGUGUCACGCAAGUUGAAACAUUUGGAACGCGGCACGGUGAGCAUGGCGACGGUACCGUCCAAAAACGACCCCGAUCAGCGGAUAGCCGCCAGUCAAUUCAUCAUUACACUUGGAGACAAUCUGGAUUAUUUAGAUGGCAAGGCUGUGAUCUUCGGCAAGGUCGUCGAGGGCUUUGAUGUUCUGGAGAAAAUCAAUGACUCUUUUAUUGAUGACCGAGGUCGACCGCUGAAGGAUAUUCGCAUUCGUCACACCACUGUUCUUGACGAUCCCUUCGAUGACCCGCCAAAUUUAGUUGAACCACCUGAGAGCCCGCUGCCCUCCAAAGCUCAACUGGCCACGGUCAGAAUCGCGGACGAUGAGGAUUUGGAUGAUGAUAUGGAUGAAGAGGCUAUGGACAAGCUCCGUCGUGAGCGCGAGGCUCGCGCGCAGGCGCUCACAUUGGAAAUGGUGGGAGAUCUGCCGUUCGCCGACGUCAAGCCACCAGAGAAUAUUCUUUUUGUCUGCAAGCUCAACCCGGUCACACAAGAUGAGGAUCUGAAUCUGAUUUUCAGCCGCUUUGGAACGAUCUUGUCUUGCGAGGUCAUUCGGGACAAGCGUACCGGCGACAGUUUACAAUAUGCCUUUAUUGAAUUCGAAGAACAGAAGGACUGUGAGCAGGCCUAUUUCAAGAUGCAGGGUGUCUUGAUCGACGACCACCGGAUACAUGUGGAUUUUUCACAGAGUGUAUCUAAAUUAUCGGAAAGCUGGCGCAAUUCCACCGUCACCAAGCGCCGACAGAGAGGUGGAUUUGGCGGUGUUGAAGAUCUUGAAGCGAAACGCCAGUACCGAGAGCUGGACGACGCUCCUGUUGACGAGGAUGAUGCUCGGUACGGUAUGAUGUUUGACAAGAAGAAAAGGGGUGCAGCCCCUCCGUCCCGCGAGGCUCCGCGGGGGGCUCCAUCAGAUCGUGCUCGCGUUCGAGAUCGAAGAAGUCGAAGCCCCCGAGAUAGAGAUCGAUACCGGCGAUACAGUCGGAGUCGGAGUCCACGACGAGAUUCACGGAAAGAAGGCCGUUACCGACGAUAG